GCGCCACGUGCAAAAGACUACAUUUCCCGACGCACUUCGCGGUGGCCAGAGCGGAUAUCCGGCGCAGGGUGUAGUUGACGUGUCCUUUGCGCUUCUGGGAGAGAGGAGGCUGCUGGGUGAUUAGUUGAGCUGUGGAAGCCGGCGGGAUGAAGUCCAUAUUUGUGGCGCUCUUGGGCCUGUUGGUGGUGGUGAGGUGCGAGGAGGGGGCCCGCUUGCUGGCGUCUAAAUCUCUGCUGAACAGAUUCGCCGUGGAAGGGAAAGACCUGACUCUGCAGUACAACAUCUACAAUGUCGGCUCCAGUGCCGCGCUGGAAGUGGAGCUGUCGGACGACUCCUUCCCCCCUGAGGAUUUUGGGAUUGUGUCUGGAAUGCUGAGUGUGAAGUGGGACCGGAUUGCUCCCGCCAGCAAUGUCUCCCACACCGUAGUUCUCAGGCCGCUGAAAGCCGGAUACUUUAACUUCACCUCGGCCACAGUCGCAUACCUGGCUCAGGAAGGUGGAGAAGUAGUGGUGGGAUACACCAGCGCACCCGGACAAGGAGGAAUUCUAGCCCAGCGGGAAUUCGACAGGCGUUUCUCCCCACAUUUCUUGGACUGGGCAGCUUUUGGGGUGAUGACUCUUCCUUCCAUCGGAAUCCCCCUCCUCCUGUGGUUUUCGAGCAAGAGAAAGUACGACACUCCCAAACCCAAGAAGAACUAAGGCCAAUCCACUGACCGGAACCUCAGUCACAGCAGAAUUGACUCCGCCUCUGCGCAUUGAAACAAAUUGUCGUCCCAUAAUCUGAACCCCCCGGGUAGGGCAAGUGGGGUGCGGCGCCUACAACUGCCUUGUCCUUCCCAAAUCUCUUUCAUGCCACGUUCUGAUUGGUCGAUCAAAUCACGGGUUACCCAGGUUGGGUGGGAAGAAGUCAGACCCUCGGCUAUGGAUCCCUGAGUUCUAUUUUUAAUCUUCUUCUCAUUGGUGGCUGAUUACACAGCCGACGCCUCCCAAGCUGUGAUUGGUUGGACUGUAUUUCUUAUGCAAAUGAAUUCAUAUCGACACGUCUCCCAGUGGCACCCGUGUUACACCCCAGAGCAGAGACUGCACCCGAGUCAUGAGCCUUUAUCUGAGUUGUACCUGGCCCACAGCAUUCCUCUUACUGUACAGAGCCACAACAUGUCACCUUUGUAUGUUCUCACGGUUGGACAGUCAUGGGCCAUAAGGGACUGGUUUUGUAAUAAAAAAUAAAAAAAUCAA